GUGUUUUCUUCCUUGAGCUUGUCUAACCUCUUUUGGAUAAUACAACAGCCUUAGGAUGCACUCUGUACACUGGCAGGGAGUUCUCCAGUUUCACCUGACACUGCAUAAAGAUCCCCUUUCCUUUCUUUGUUUCUAAACUGCCACCUUUUGAAUGCUCCUCCCUCCCAGUAUUAUGGAGAAAAUCGAAUGGCAGGCAUUCCCUUUCCCUCCUCUCUGAGUCCCUCAUUUUAUACAGCUGCCAUAUCCUGCUUCCAUUUUACUUUUUCCUGCAGGAAGAGCUGUGGCUUGCUGGGUGCUCCCCAUCCAGAAGGCAUCCCAGGUGCCUGCUCAGUCGCCUGUCUCUGAACAUCCCUAUUUUCCCAUAUCCUUUUGGAAAUGGGGGUGCAGGAUUGCACAUGGUGUUCAAGAAGCAGGUGAACUAAAAAGAGGUGAACCAUGGAUUUAUCUGGUAUUGUAUUCUCAUUUGUCCUGGUAGGCGUACGUGUUGUAACAGGCAGUGGGCCCUGAGCUGCCUCUGACAGACUUUCUAGUACUUGGGAUCUUGUGCUCUCAUGGCUCUGAGGAGAACAUCUUGCUGUAAAAGUAUGAUUGUUCCUUGUUUACCUAAGCUGCAUUUUAUCUGCAGUUCUGUUUGCCAGUCAUUGGAGUCUGCUCUCAUUCUGCAGCGUUCUGUCACAGCUGGCUUCUGUUUUUAACACCAGGCAUCGUCAACAAGCGUGACUCCUUGCCCCCCCUGAGUCUGAGACUCUGCUCCCUGAGAAGAGCAGACCUGUUUCAUUUUGGAACCAGUUGCUUCCUCAGGUGAGAGCUAUCCUCUUGUCAUACCCCAGACAUGAGCUCGGUGACCAGAGGAAGGUAAGAGCUGUCACCCCUGUAUGGGGGUGACCCUCCUACAUCUGUUCUAGCAGGUCUGGGGGAACAGUGCUUCCACAUCCAUCUUUACCCUAGCCUUCAGGAUAUUGUAACCUCCCAUCACAGACCUCCCUCCCAACUUGGAGAUGAGUACCUGAUUCUGAACAGUGAAUCUGGAGGCCAGUUCCUUCCCUCUGUCAUUGCCAUGACUCUUGCCCUCUGUGCCUGCCCUCCUGGAGCUGCAGGCCCUAGAACAGCACAUGGCAAUCACGGUGUAGUUGCAUCCAGGCUUUAUGGCUUGGGGAUAAUGAUGUCUUUUUCUUUCUCUCUGAUGACACAAAGGAGUUAUUUGUGUUAUCAGUUGUGCAACACUCUGGUUCUGCUCUCUCUUUUACACUCUGCAGGAUUCCUUGCAGUUCCACUCUCCUUUGUACCCUUGACUCUUGCCAGAUCUCCUAAUACUGUCUUGGAAGACAUCAAACAGCUGUGAUUACUGAGGGGAAGUGCUGUGACCUGUGACAUCUCCAGAAGCCACGUGUGCAUGAAGAGGCUUUGGGAAGCGUGUGGCAGAAGCCUCAGGAACUCAGAAGCCUCAGACUCAGUGAGUGGCGUUUGGUGAACGCGCUCUGGCAGCAAGGAGCUCUGUGGGGUGAAGCUCUGGGAUCCUGGUGGCUGGGGCUCUGGGGAGUGCCAGUGCCAGGGUGUCCCUGGGGAAGGAAAGCAGCAAAAGGCAGCAGUGCUGACACCGAUGGGAGGAUCCCUCCUCAAAGAGGAAGGCUCUUGUGUUCAAAGUGAUUUCCCGUUGAGAAAAACCAUCAGAUACAGUUUCAGUGCCUGGAGGCAGCAAGUGGGGCUGAGGUCUGAGUUGUGCCCAGGCAUUGGAUGCUAGCAUGGCCCUGCGGUUGCUGGCUUUGACCUUCUUCCUGGGAAUACAGACACAGGAAGAUACUGGUCCCAAGGCCCAAGGAGCACCCUGGGAAGCAGUUUGCCCGAAGCCGCAGUGGGACUCAAGCCUCCGCUUUGUCCCAGAGAAGACAUCUUAUGAUAACGGGGAGGAGCUGACACUGAGCUGCCUCACUGAGGAUGAUCCUCCUCUCGCUGUGAUCAGAUGUGUUGCAUGGAUCUUCUGGGGACAUGACUGGGAGGUGAAGGACAAGUGGGGAAGGUGGCAUAGCAUUGAAAUGUACCAGGCCUGCACAGGAACAUGCCAGAAACCCCAAUGGGACAGAAGGGUCGUGCUCGUCCCAAGGAAAGGCAGCUACACACCAAAUGAGGAACUGAGGCUGUCUUGCCCUGGAGUUGUCAAGCCCUUCUUCAUCAGUGCCAAAUGUGUGAGGGAAUUUCAAGGAGUGACUUCAGGACAACCUGUCUAUGGGGACAGCUGGUGGGGGAGGAGAGACAGAGGCGCCUGGACCCGCAUUGAGGAGCCCGUAGCGUGCGUGGUAAAAUGCUCGAGGCCCCAGUGGGACGCUGACCUUCGUCUGGCACCAGAGCGCAAGGUUUAUAAUGAGGGCGAAGAAGUGACACUGAGCUGCCCAGAGGGUUUCCAGCCCCCCUUCCAGCAGGCUAAAUGCGCAUGGAUACCUCAGGCUGUGGCUACAGGGGAGCACAAGGGCACCUGGACACAGAAAAACGAGUUGGGGCAAUGGGUCCCCAUUCAGAGCCCCACAAAGUGCAUCAGAACAUGCCAGAAGCCCUGGUGGGACCCAAGGCUCCGUCUGGCACCAGAGCAGGAGGUGUACAAGGAGAACGCAGAAGUGACGCUGAGCUGCCCCGAGGGUUUCAAGCCGUCCUUCACCCACAUCAGAUGUGCAGGGGGAGUGCAGACAGCAGAACAUUCUGGAUUUGUAGACAGAACUACCUGGCUGGGGAGGAAGAGCACAGGUGUCUGGAUUCACAUUGAGGGGCCUGUGCAGUGCCUUGAAACGUGCCGAAAGCCCUCGUGGGACCCAAGGCUCUGUCUGGCACCAGAGCAGGAGGUGUACAAGGAGAAUGAAGAAGUGACGCUGAGCUGCCCUGAGGGUUUCGAGCCAUCUUUCACCCACAUCAAAUGUUCAAGAGAAGACCAGUCCAUCAGCGCUGGGAAGCCUGUGUACAGAGAAGUUUGGAUGGGAAAGGGCUCAGGAGGUGCCUGGACCCGCAUUCGCUCCAUGGUGCAGUGUGUGGGAAAAUGCCAGAAGCCCCACUGGGACCCCAGAUUAAUCUUUGUCCCAGACAUGGCAUCCUACGUCCUCAGUGAAGUGGUGAUGGUGAGCUGCCCUGAAGGGUACUGGCCUCCUCCCAUGAAGAUCGCCUGUGUAGAUAUCCCAGGCCAAAGCUCUCCAACUCUUCAGAGGUCCUGGGUUGUGAAUAAAAGCACUGACUACUGGCAGCCUGUAGAUCACUGGCUGUGCGUGGAGGCCUUCCAGGUCGUGCCUGGGACCUUGGAGGUUUCCACCACCAGCAUCAAACUGAACUGGACCUGCAGUCUGCCCGAUGCCUGCCAGCGCAUGCAGGCCACGUGCAGGCUGGCAGGGCCUUCCUCCCCGUCCUGUGAGGCUGAGGAGGUCACGGCACAGGAGAUGCUGCACGGCCAGAAUGGAACAUUUACCUGUGACCAUCUGCAGCCCUUCACUGACUAUAACGUCACCAUCUCAGUGCCCCCCAGCACCGUCCUGCUGACACGGCUCCUGAGGACAAAUGCAACAGUGCCCGAGAAGCCAGAGCGGCUGUGGCUGGAUGCCAGCACGGGGACGCUGCGGUGGCAGGUGCUGCCCUCCUGCAAAGGGGAGAUCCUCGGGUACCAGCUGAACAUCACGGCCAGGAGCGCGCAGGACGGCAGCUUCCUGGAAUUCCAGCAGGUGACAGUGAACAGCUCUGUCACCCAGUACAUACCAUCCUGCCAGAUGCUGGGGAGCAAGUACACAGUGACAGUCCAGGGCCUGACGGCUGCUGGUGCCGGGGAUGCUUCCUACCUGGAAUUUCAACCCAGUGUCUUGGGGCAGCCGCCAGGUCCCUGGCCAUGGACUGCAGUCACCAUGGUGGCUGUGCUGUCAGCGAUGGUCAUGCUGUCUGCUGGGAUCCUGUGGUUUGUGAUGUGCAGGAGGAGGAAAGCCUUGCCCAGGAAAGCCGAGGAGGACCAUUACACAGAGCUCCAGCCCUACGAAAACUUGGACCACUACUGUGUGAUCAAGGAGAGGUUUCUGGCCGAAGAAGGAGCAGGUAGAGGUGGCCGGGCUGGAGAGCGACCGUCCCCGUCCCUGCGCAGGACGCUGGGAGACCACGGCGGGUGUCAGAGAGCAGAGACCGCGGGGAGGACGACCCCAGCUUAGUGCUGGUGGCUGCCAGGACCCUGUCUCUCGUGUGACUGUGACCAGCACUGGGGGUCUCGUCCGGGCAACCAGAGCAAGAGGACUGCAGCCAUUUCUUUCAGGGCACAAAGACACUGCCCUCUUCAGCCCUCCUGGCCUUGCCUGGACAGGCAGCGGUGCGAGAGGCUUCCCAGUCUGACCGUGGGAAGAGGCACUGGGUGCUCCUGGGCCCGGCAUUUUGAAGGCCUCCUCAUGGCCCUUUCUCGAGUUUUGGUGCUCCCCAGCUGUAAGCAGGACCUCGUACAGCCUGUGCUGGGUUAUUGUUUCCCCUCCCAUUGCCUCUCUCGUCUGUCACCAGCACCCUCUGCUACAGGGCAGGAGCUGCCCACGGCCUGUGCCAGUGAAGGCGUGUUUUCACAGAAUCACAGAAUUUCUAGCUUGGAAGAGACCUCAAGAUCAUCGAGUCCAACCUCUGACCUAACGCUAACAGUCCCCACUAAACCAUAUCCCUAAGCUCUACAUCUAAACGUCU